AUGUAUCGAACACUAUUCCCUGAUUUUCCCAACCCCCUUUCCUCGCUUUUUGCCUUGCUCGGUCCGUCUCUAUCCUUCCUUUUUACGUGGGGAGAAACACAAUGCGCUGACUGCAAUGUUUACGCGGGAGCGCGGGAACUAAAAAUCGAAUUCUCAUCCCCAUCUAUCGAUCGAUUGAUCGAUCUAUCUAUCUAUCUAUCUAUCUAUUUGUGUACAAGUUCUUUUAUAGCUAUCUAUCUGUCUAUCUAUCUAUAUUCUACAAGUCCCUUUAUAGCUAUUCUUGGUAGCUAUCUAUCUAUUUAUCUAUCUUUCUAUCUAUCAGGUUCUUUAUCUAUCUAUAUAUCUAUGUAUCUGUCUACAAGUUCUGUCAUAUCUAUAUACAAUUUCUUUUAUAUCUAUCCAGCUAUCUCUCUACAAGUUAAUUACCACCUAUCUCUCUAUCUAUCUAUCAGGUACUUCAUAUCUAUCUAUCUAGCUAGCUAUUUUCAAGUUCUUCAUAGCUAUCUAUCUAUCUAUCUAUCUACUAGUUCCUUCAUAUGUAUGUAUCUAUCUAUCUCCGCUAUCCAUUACUCCACCGUGCCUCCCCUUACUCCACCGUGUCUUCCCUUACUCCACCGUGCAUCCCCUUACUCCACUGUGCCCCCCUUACUCCACCGUGUCUCCCCUUACUCCACCGUGCAUCCCCUUACUCCACUGUGCCUCCCCUUAUUCCACCGUGUCUCUCCUUACUCCACUGUGCCUCCCCUUAUUCCACCGUGUCUACACUUACUCCACCGUGCCUCCCCUUACUCCACCGUGUCUCCCCUUACUCCACCGUGCAUCCCCUUACUCCACCGUGCCUCCCCUUAUUCCACCGUUUUCGCCCUAAAUAAAAAGGAAUCGGAAAUGCUUCCACAAAGAGCCAAAACAUUCAAGAAGACGUCAGGAAAUGCGCAACGCUUGUAA